AUGAAGUUUGAAACUAAGGUAGAGGCAUAUGAUUUCUAUAGUUCAUAUGCCCAUCGAGUCGGUUUUAGCAUCCGCAAAGAGUAUUUUAAUAAGAGCAAGAAGACUGGUAAACUAUCAUCGAGAUUGUUAAUAUGCUACAAGGAAGGUUUCAGGGUUGACAACAUUCGGGACAGUAUGAACUGGUUACCUUGCUCGAAUGCUUAUACAAUAUUCCAAUGUAAAAUUACCCACGUUCAGGCCAUUGAUUUGGAAUUGGCUUCUGAUUCAGGAAUAACCCCUCGCAAUUUAUAUGAGUUGAUGGGAAGUGAUCAAAUAAUCACAAACAUAUUAUGGGCUAAUUCAAAAAUGAUAGUUGAUUAUUGCAAUUUUGGAGAUGUUAGUUUUGACACAACCUACAAAGUUGAACAUGGCAACCGUCCAUUUGGAAGUUUCUUGGGGUUGAAUCAUCACCGGGAGACCACUGUAUUUGGAGCAGCGUUCAUGUAUGACGAGACUGCAGAUUCGUUUGUUUGGUUGUUUCAAACGUUUUUUAAAACAAUGUCCAGUAAAGUGACCAAAACGAUCUUCACUGAUCAAGAUGCUGCAAUGGGAAAGGCAUUGACGCAAGUGUUUUCAAUUCAGAUCUCCACUCUUUGCAUUUCCUUUUACAUUGUGUAG